AUGUCUCUAAACGUCUUCAAGCAACCCCUCGCGCUCCACUCGACACAGCCCCUAACCGGCUUCACGCGCUCAGGCUACUGCGAAGUGCCCGCCUCGGACGCCGGCAACCACGCCAUCGCAGGUGUAGUAUCGAAAGAGUUCCUCGACUUCUCUGCCGCGCGGGGCAACGACUUGCGCCAAGUGGGGCUGACGGAUGGCUGCAAGUGGUGUCUUUGUGUGAGCAGGUGGAAGGAGGCGUUUGAUGCGAGGACGGGCAUGGAUGAUAAGAAGGUGCCGAAGGUUGUGCUCAAGGCGACGAAUGAGAAGGCGUUGAAGGGUGUGGCGAUGGAUGAUUUGAAGGCUUUUGCUGUGGAUAAGGAGUAG